AGAUACGCACACACGAGCUAUCCAGGCAGCGACCGAAAGGACUAAGCUUUGAGAAAUGAAGAGAAAAUACGACUGUUUAAUUUUGCUCCACCGCAAGUCUUUUAUACCAAGUGUAUAAUAUUUGUCCAAAAAAGAAUUUUUAAAAUGACCCAAAUUCACACGGACCAGAUUUUAAUUUGCCUUUUUUAUACACCGAACCGGACGUAAUUUUCCCCUCAGUUUUUACAUAAAACGGGACAGGAAGGCAUCAGACAAACUUUCAUCUCGAGGACCUCAGCCAGAGCGCCAGUGAGAAAAGAGGGGAGUAUUUUGCGUAAAUUUUCCAAAGGCUUCAGGCAGAAAAAUUCGUCUUCUGUGCCAGAUCUGCUCAGACUUUAAGUGGAUAUAGCCUACUGCGGGAGGUGGCGUGAAUGCUCUGUGUUGUCCCGUGUUGGCAUUGAGGGAUGCCAGCAUGCCCUCGCUGAAUCUCUCCCAUCUGCUCCUCAUCUGGCUCGCGCUCCAGCGGCUGGCUCUUUGCGUCGAGCGCGCGUCCACCCGCGAGCGCUUCAAAGUGGUCAUCGCACCGCUGAUCUGCAAACGAACGUGCCUGAAGGGCCAGUGUCAGGAAACCUGUGAGCAGGGCAACAAUACGACCCUCACUGGGGAAAACGGGCAGUCGGCGGAUACACUGACUGGGCCGGGCUUUAGAGUCGUGGUAUGUCCUCUCACCUGUAUGAAUGGAGGAGUGUGCAGUACACGCACACACUGUCUCUGCCCACCGGGCUUCACUGGGCGCCUCUGCCAAUUUCCACUUCGCAUUCAAGCUUCACGUGGAAACAAGCAGCCCUCCUACACCCUACAGGUGAUACCUGAGUCCCAGAGUCUUUCUGAAAGUGGUCCAGGUGGUCGACAACAGCUGACUCACUCUGUGAUCACUCUGCCACUGUCACAAGGUGCUGGCCAUCCCUCCUCUGAAGUGCAGUUCAAUGUCCGUGUUCUCCAUACACCAGACACUUCAUUUGUCAUUCAACCCCUUGACUCCUCAGAGAACAAGCCUAACAGUCCCAAGACUGUGUCCCGUCUUCUUCCACAGACACACAAGCCAAAGGGGAGGUGCUUCCAGGAAACCACACCCAAACAGGCUUGUAGUAGUAACCCUCUUCCUGUUCUGACCAAUCAAGAAGACUGCUGUGGCAGUGUGGGUAAUUCGUGGGGCCAAAAUAAAUGUUACAAAUGUCCUUUACUACCUUAUGCAGGAAAACACCAGACUAUAAUAGAGGACUUUGGCCCCACAUGCCCUCAAGGAUACAAGAGACUCAACAGCACUCACUGCCAAGACAUAAAUGAAUGUAUGAUGCUGGGGGUUUGUCAAUUUGGAGAAUGUUUGAAUACGCAAGGAAGUUUCCGCUGCACCUGCAAGCCUGGAUAUGUACUGACAGAAAGGACACGCUGUGUAGCAUCACCUGUUGAGCAGGGUUUCUGUUACCGUGCGAUUGCUGAAACAGGGAAUUGUCAGCAUCCUCUUCCAACACGUCUUUCCCAGGAGAUUUGCUGCUGCACUGUGGGUAAAGCCUGGGGUAGCAAUUGUGAGAGGUGUCCACAGGACGGCACAGCUUCUUUUAAAAAGAUCUGUCCAGCGGGAAAGGGAAUGUCUUACCUGACCUAUCGAAGCAUCCUGUCCUUUCAGCCCUCCUGGCCCAACAUCGAACACAAUCCCAAUCCUAAAAAUGAGUUCAAGCCUCAGGAAGUUCCCAUCCAGACAACUACGCAGCUCUCAUCAAUCAGCACGCAUGGUCCUCGCAUCCCAGUCAUAGUGGCCAAGCCAACUCCUCCGAUCUAUGUUCCUCCAGAGAGGGACUCAUUCGAACAUCCACCUACAGAAGUCUCGCCAAUAGAUGAAUGCAAGCUCAGCAGGAAUAUAUGUGGUAAAGGAGAGUGUGUCAACACACAGAAUGGCUUUGUGUGUCAAUGUCAUCCAGGAUACCGACCACAUGUGCAGAAAAAGAGUUGUGUGGAUGAAAAUGAAUGUGAUUCUGAUCCAUGUGGUAGAGGCGUCUGCAUUAACAGUGAGGGUUCCUACCGAUGCAACUGUCACCCUGGCUUUAAAAUUAUGAUGCAUAAUGGGAAACGCAGAUGUGUUGAUAUAAAUGAGUGCUAUAAGCAUGAUAUCUGUGGAAUUGGAGGACAAUGCCUUAACUCGCCUGGUUCCUAUAAGUGUGAGUGUCUGCCUGGCUUCAAAAGCAAAUCCCGCAGACAACCUUUGUGCGAAGACAUUAAUGAAUGUCUGGAUCCACAUACCUGUCCUGAUGAACAGUGUGAGAAUACCAUUGGAUCUUAUGAGUGCAUACCCUGCCAACCGGGAUACCAUGCACAAGGAGGAGUGUGUUACGACGUUAAUGAGUGUCAGAAGCGUGGUGUGUGUCUGAACGGCCGUUGUGAGAACUUGCAAGGAUCAUAUCGCUGUCUUUGUAAUGAGGGCUUCCUGCCAGAGGCUGACAGCAGAGGCUGCAGAGACAUUAAUGAGUGUCAGGAUAACCGCCUGUGUGCUAAUGGUCAAUGCAUUAACACCGAGGGAUCAUUCCGGUGCCAGUGUUACUCCGGAUACCAGCCUACACAAGAGGGAAGCCACUGUGAAGAUAUCAACGAGUGUGAGAGAGCCUCCAAUUGCCAGCGAGGGCGCUGUAUCAACACAAUGGGCUCAUACCGCUGCGAGUGCCAGAAAGGUUAUAUGCUGGUCAGUGGACGCCGGUGCCAAGACAUAGAUGAGUGUGCUGUGGACAGAAGCCUAUGUCAACCGCAUGGUGUAUGUGAAAACAGACCGGGCGGAUAUGUUUGCGUUUGCAACGAUGGUUUCAUGUUAUCUGAAGACAAACACAGCUGUGAGGAGGUUGAGUUGGAUCUGAAUUAUAAGAAGGAAUGCUAUCUCAAUCUGGAUGACACUGUGUUCUGUGACAGCGUCCUGGCAACCAAUGUUACUAAACAGGAGUGCUGCUGCUCCAUUGGUGUAGGAUGGGGCGAUCACUGUGAGAUCUACCCGUGUCCCGUCUUCCGUUCAGGGGAGUAUCACUCUCUUUGUCCAAUCGGCAGAGGAUUUUACCAUGAGGAGGGAACGUUAGAAUAUGGAUUACCAGUGUACAGAGAUAUUGAUGAGUGUGUCUUGUUUUCAAAUGAGAUCUGUAAGGAAGGACGCUGUAUGAACACACAACCUGGCUUUGAAUGCUACUGCCAACAGGGAUUUUAUUAUGACAGCAAUCUACUGGAAUGUAUUGAUGUGGAUGAAUGUCAUGAUGAAUCCCUGUGUACAAAUGGUCUUUGUGUGAACACUCGAGGCUCAUUCUACUGUAACUGCAACUUACCCUGGGUCCCUGUUGCUACCAACAAACAGUGUGUUUUACCCACAGACAUGGGUGUGGAUGAGUGUCAAGACCCUGCUAACUGCAAAAACGGCCAGUGCGUAAAUACACAAGAUUCCUAUUAUUGCAUCUGUCCACCUCCCUGGAUCCUGGCAACCGACCGCAAUGGAUGUGUGACACCUGAGGAACAGGCGGUAACGGGUGUGUCUGUGGUGCACCUUUCAGAUGUGAAUGAGUGUGAGGAUCCCUCCUACUGUAGGAACGGGAAAUGUGUCAACACUCCCGGCUCCUUCCACUGCAUUUGCCAGCAGCCUCUCACCUUCAGUGCAGCCCUCAAGCAAUGCGUCUAUGAUGAUCGCACUGCAGCACAUAAGGACAUAUGUUUCCAGGAGGUUGAUGAGGAUCUUAUGUGUACUAUGCCUCGGAAUGAGCUUACAGUGACUUACUCUGAGUGCUGCUGUCACUAUGGACGGGGCUGGGGCCCGGAGUGCCGUACCUGUCCUCAUAGAAAUUCGGUACUUUUUAACAGGCUGUGUGAGAUGCAUUUGGACACCGAGUCUGACGGAGAGGGUGACUUUCUGGCAGCUUUCUCUAGCCACAACCCAGAGGGAGACAGUUCAGAAGAAGACUCUGAUGAGUGUAGCUGUGCUAAUGGUCGUUGCGUACGAUCCUAUCUGGGUACGAUGUGUGAAUGCAAUCCUGGAUUUGUCCUGGAUCACUCACGAACACGCUGUACAGAUAUUGAUGAAUGUGCAGGCCGAGUGUCAGGGCAGAGCCCCUGUAAGAAUGCACGCUGUAAAAACACCAUUGGUUCAUUCAGAUGUCUUUGUAAAUUUGGAUUUGUUGCAUCACGCCGACCUAAUGUGUGUAUACGGGCUAGGGCCCAAUAACAGCACAGUGGCUCAUCCAGUCUCAGAGCCCUGCACAAUGUACAUAUAUAAACAGUUAUAUCCCACCACUAAUACUCUUAAUAAAAUGCAGUAAAACUACAUCUACAAACAUUUAUCAGUAAACACUCCAGGAUGUUUCACUCUGUUGUUACCUGGUAAUCCUUAUCUUAUGUUGGAAAUAUUAGAUCAUUACUAUAUAAUUAUCUUUUUAAAUCGUGUUAUUUUGCAUUUAUUUUUAUUUUGAUGAUAUCUAUUUUAUCAGAAACCUAUUGGUACCAAAUGUGUUUGUUAUUGAAUGAGGAAUUUUCAUUGGAUGAAAUGUGUCUGUUAACUUAAGUGGAUAGUUCUUUGUAAUUAUAUUGCUGUUGGGUAUGUUUUAGGUAACCAUUUUUGUAAAAUAGUAUGUUUUCUCUUCUCUUUAAGGGACAAAACUUUGUUAGACGUAAAAAGUGGUGAGUUUUUAUCUUUAGUUUCGUCCAGAAUCGCUUACUCAGAAAGUUUGAUAUCAACAAUCACCUGAUUAUCAGUUUAUUAUCUGGUGUUCAGCCGUUGAUGGUGUUUUUGUUCUAUUGAUUUUCUUUGUACAUUGUUUUUCUUAUUUGACAAUGCAGCAAUUGCCAUCUUAGGUUGCUCUGAGCACAAUUCUUUUUUAUAUGAAGUUAAUAAUGUAAAAAUAUGAAAGUAAUGAUUUAGGCUUUUUGCCGGUUUUUAUUGUGUAAAAAUGUUCUACUGAAAGAAUGAAAAAGUCAGUUUCUCAGAUGCCGUUGCCUUCUUGAUGAGACACCACUGUAAAAUACAUGUUAUUUUUCACAGCAAGUUGGGGAGAAGCAGAAAAGACUAGACAUAACCACACAAGCCCACUACUAAAGCAGUAAGAAAAAAGCUGUUUACCAAAGAAAUGAAGAUAAAUGAAUAAUAAAUAAAUAAAUCUGA